AUGGUGGCGUUUCGGAGCUUGUUUUUUUUGCUGGUUUUUCAGCUCCCACAUGUGGUAAGAGGUUCUACGGUAUGGCUAAAUCAGGGUGGCUAUGAGGAUUUGGUUAUUGCAAUUAAUCCCGGGGUGCCAGAAGAUGCCAACAUCAUUGAAAACACACAGGCCAUGGUUAAAGAUGCUUCCAAUUACUUAUUUGAAGCUACGAAACACCGAUUUUACUUCAAGUCUGUAAAAAUCAUAAUUCCUAAAACAUGGAAAAAAAACACCACCUAUGCAAGGGUAAAAACAGAAUCAUAUAACAAGGCAGAUGUCAUCAUAGCAGAUCCUUACUUGAAAUAUGGAGAUGAUCCAUAUACCUUACAGUACGGAGCAUGUAAGGAGCAAGGAAGAUACAUCCAUUUCACACCUAACUUCCUAUUGGAAAGCAGUCUGCUUAAUGUUUAUGGAGAUAGAGGCAGAGUUUUUGUGCACGAAUGGGCUCAUCUUCGGUGGGGAGUAUUUGAUGAAUAUAACAGCGAUGCACCCUUCUAUGUGUCUACAAAUUCUGGACAUGCAAGUGUUGAAGCAACAAGGUGUUCAACUCAUGUCACUGGUGUACCUGUUUUCCAAGAGUGCGAUGGAAACAACUGUAAUACAAGGGCAUGCAGCUAUGAUGGCCAGCUCUAUGAAGCUGGAUGCACAUUUGUACCAGAUAAACAACAAAAUAUCGCAGCUUCUAUUAUGUACAUGCAAAGUUUGUCUUCUGUGGUUGAAUUCUGUGACAAAAACACUCAUAAUGUAGAGGCUCCAAAUCUGCAAAAUAAGAUCUGCAACUUCAAAAGCACAUGGGAAGUAAUUAUGGAAUCUGAUGACUUUAAAAAUUCCUCCAUCCUAAACAGUGUUACACCCCCUGUUGAACCCACAUUCAGUCUACUGCAGACACAAGACAGAGCAGUCUGCCUUGUAUUGGACGUUUCUGGGAGCAUGGGAGGGAGUAAUCGCAUUAACAACCUCUAUCAGGCUGCAGAGGUAUUUCUGCUCCAAAUUAUUGAAAUUGGUUCCUGGGUUGGAAUUGUCACAUUUCAAAGUUCGGCAGCUGAAAAAGUGUCUAUGACACAAAUAACCAGUGAUGCAACACGCAGCAGUCUUGUUCAAUAUUUGCCUAAAACUGCUAGUGGUGGAACAAAUAUCUGCGCAGGUGUACGGAAAGGAUUUGAGGUGAUUAAAAACCAAUUCCAAACUACAUAUGGUACUGAAAUUGUACUGCUGACUGAUGGAGAAGACUCGUCUAUGUCAACAUGCCUUGAAACAGUGAAACAAAGUGGGGCAAUAAUUCACACCAUUGCAUUGGGGCCUUCUGCAGCUAAAGAAUUAGAAGAAUUUUCAAAGCUAACAGGAGGUUUAACACUUUAUGCUAUAGAUGGAGUCGUUCCCAGUAAAUUAAUAGAAUCAUUCAGCCAAAUUACAUCAGGAAGUGGAGAUAUAGCUGAACAAUCUAUCCAGCUGGAAAGCAAAGAUGUAACAGUCACAGGUAACCAAUGGAUAAAUGAUACUGUGACUAUUGACAAAACUGUGGGAAACGACACUUUCUUCGUCAUUGCAUGGAGUAGCUCUCAACCACGUAUUUUUCUAAUGGACCCAAAAGGAAAACAGUAUGGAACCUCGGACUUCACAAUUGAUAAUUCAAACACCAGAGCAGCUAGACUUGGUAUAAGUGGCACUGCAGAGGUGGGAGACUGGCAUUAUUAUAUUGAAAAUGAUUCUACACAAAGUCAAAGUAUAUCAGUAACAGUCACCUCUCGAGCAGCAGCAUCUGAUGUUCCUCCCGUGACUGUCACAGCCUACAUGAAUCAGCUGAACACAGCACCUAAUCCAGUUGUUAUUUACGCAGAGGUUAGUCAAGAGUUUUUGCCUGUUCUUGGUGCAACUGUGAUAGCAACCAUAGAGAAAGACGGCGCUGCAGCACAAAGCCUUCAACUUUUGGAUAACGGUGCAGGUGCUGAUACAAUCAAGAAUGAUGGAAUCUACUCCAGGUACUUUACUUCUUUCCAAAGUGGUGAAAGAUACAGUCUGAAAGUGAAUGCUCGUGGGAAAGAGACAACUGUGAGACUUGGCCGCAGACAAAACCGAGCCCUGUAUAUACCAGGCUACAGAGAAAAUGGUAAAAUUCAGAUGAAUGCACCAAGACCUGAAUUUUCUGAUGAAGAAAUCCAAGCCCAGCUGGGAAAUUUCAACAGAAUUGCAACAACUUCGUUUGUACCAACUAUAAGCCCAGGAACUUCUUCUUUUCCACCUGGUAAAAUUACAGAUCUUCAAGCUUAUACAGAAAACAACAUGAUUUUCUUGACUUGGACAGCUCCAGGGAGUGUUCUUGAUAAUGGACAAGGCUUCCUGCGGGCCGCUGGGCGACCCGGCCGCGCCGCCACGGGCCCCGGCAGCUCCCCGUGUGUCACGGUCAGGCCCGGAGUGCGGGUAGAGGCGCCGUCUGCUCUGAAGCCAGUCGGAGCUAUUGCCUUGAAUGUCCCUGUUCCAGAAAAACCAACAGUCACCAGCAGAGCUCCGAGACUACAAACUCCCCUGAAAGCAUAUCUCUUCAAAUUUGAGUGA